CGAAAGGGCCUUUUAUCGCGAGACUUUCGUCCUCCUUCGGGCGCUUCCGCCGGCGCCCAGAUCGCGCGAGACCGCGGAGGGAGCAGGAGCGUGUGGCGCGCGCGGCGGCCGCGACGGACGCAAGAUGGCGACGGCGACCAUAGCUCUCGGGACAGACUCCAUCAAGAUGGAGAAUGGGCAGAGCACAGCCGCGAAGCUGGGACUGCCUCCUCUGACGCCCGAGCAGCAAGAGGCCCUCCAGAAGGCCAAGAAGUACGCCAUGGAGCAGAGCAUCAAGAGUGUGCUGGUGAAGCAGACCAUCGCGCACCAGCAGCAGCAGCUCACCAACCUGCAGGUGAGCGGCCAGGGCCCCACCCUCUGGCCUCGGUGCCGGCUCUGCUGGAGGCCGCCCCACCCGCCUGGGCCGGGGAGCCUCCGCCGCCCCUCCCCUGCCACCUCCACCUCCUCUUCCUUCUCUUCCUCCUCCUGUGCCUGUGGCCGUCCCCACAAGGUGUUGUGGUUCUGUUUCUCAAGGACUCGUUCUUGGGACGCCCAGGUUCCUCCAUGAGGCAUGAGUGGCCCAGCCUUACCCAUCUGCUGAGUGCCCGUGGUCCUCUCCCCACCCUUUCGCGUAGCUGUGCCCUGCACCCUGAGUUGGCUCCUCCUCUUGGACUUGAGAUUGUCGCCUCAGGUUGCCUGUGCACCCAGCUGGUGGUGCAGCAUGUAGGGGCGUUCCUCCCCAUCCCCCUCGGAUAAGAGUGGUCAGGCCCCGACCCCUGCAGUGAGUCCAGACCACCUGAGCUGGGGUCCAGGACAGGGAGGACAGGCUGGGGGCGCCUCCAACAGCGUCCUGCUCUAGCCCUGUGGCCAGAAGCAGCAGUGGCUCUGGGGGAGAGGCCAGGGCUAGGCUGACAGGUGCCUGGGCCUCGAGCCCCCUGCCCCCUGCCCAGCCCUCAGGAGAUGCCCUGGCUCUUCACUGUGCUCCACCUGCGCCCUCCUCCUCCUCCUCCUCUUCCUCCUCCUCCUCCUCCUCUUCCUCCUCCCCCUCCCCCCCUUCCCUCC